UGACUCCAUGCAAUGAUUCCCAACUUUUUCUUUCAUCCGGAAGCCACCCCACGGCUUCACCUUUCGCCACCCGUUAUUAUAUAAUCCCUCAAUCCCUUUCUACAAUCUUCCCCCCUUCUCUCUCCCUCACACUCGAACACAGUCAUUUUGCACACGGAACUGCACAUUCUUCAGAGCUAAGCAAUGACAUGACGCGGAGCCCUUCUGAAAUGGUUCUCCAUGAACUCUUUGAUCCAGAACAUGAGAAGAAACUUCAACAGAAAGUUGAGAUUUUUUCUGGGUCUGAUGAUGAUUUCUUUAACUUGGACGAUGCUGGAAUUUUCUUUCCAUUCAAAAAUCCGGAAACGUCUUUGUCAAGCUGUAGCUCAUUUGCAGAUAAUCAAUAUUUCCCUGGGAAUUUCACUUCUGAGCAGCCUCUGAUAUCGACAACAAUGGAUUCACUAUCAUCAAUAAGUGGCAUGCACAACUUCCCGAGAUUUCAACAAAUUCAUGAUUCCAUUCAUUAUUUGUCAGUUAAUAGUCCCUCAUCGGCUACCAAGCCUAAGAGCCGAGAUAAUCAACCAGCCGGAGCUAGCAGUGGUUCCUCGCAAGAUCAAUCUGAUGAAGAUGACCCAGAGUUAGAAGCUGGUUCUUGCGAACAAAGCAUAGACCAUGUCGAUAUAAAACGCCACAGAAGGAAAAUUUCAAACAGGGAGUCUGCUCGUCGCUCGAGGAAAAGAAAACAAGCACAUUUAGCAGAACUUAAUCGAGAGGUCGAGAAACUAAAUGGAGAACACGAAACUUAUUACACUCAGCUUGCAUAUGCUACUCAGAAAUUCAAAGAUGCUGCAACAAAUAAUCGAGUGCUUAAAUCAGAUGUUGAAGCUUUAAGAGCCAAGGUGAAACUGGCGGAAGACAUGGUGGCUCGAGGCUCAUUGACUUCGAGUUUGAGCCACCUUCUUGAAAAUUAUUUGAACACUCCCCAAACAUUUAUGAACAGUAACAUGAUCCAGAUGGAUAACAUGUCGCCAACAAUUAGCUACGAUGAUACUCUGUAUCCUUGUUUAACAAGUUCAGCCAUUGGACAUGAAAAUGCUGAGGCCUUUAAUGGCAGUGCAAGCAAUGCAGUUAUGAGUGACGCUGUAAGCUGCAUGUCCGAGAUAUGGCCUUGGGAAUCUCGUGCUGCUCCUGGGUCAAAGUAGAGGCGAUUCCCCCCUCUCGAGGAGAAGAUGUUCCGAGGAUGAUGUUGUUUCCAUUUAGGUUGCUGUUUGUGCUUAUUUGUGCAUUUACAUAGACUUGAUUUCUUCUCUCUAGUACUCGACUAAUGUACGUGCAAAAAGUUUCACAUUCGCAGUACUAUAUAUGUUGUGCGUAUAUUAUUGAAGUUUACGUCUUGAACAAUUUAAAUCUACUAUCAGAAGUUAUUUAUUUCGAAAA